GCAGGCGCCCAGCCGGGGGCUCGGCAGCGGGACGGCGCCUGCUCAGGUGAUCAGCCCCGCUACCUAGGCUCAGCUCGUCGCCUGGCGAAAGACCGAGGGGAAAAACCGACUGUGUUUGUCCAAAUGCUGUGCUCAUCUCGGCGUGCUGGGAGGGCUCUUUGGCGAGAUCUUAGGAGUCUUUCCGACGGGCUGAUAUAGAUAUAAGGACAUUUCUACAUCGCGUCACGUGACAUAAUUACCACUAGAAUCAAUCAAGAUGAAUUGCACGUCAGCACACGGUGGGGAUUUUUUCUUAGUUGAUCCUGUCCAAACCCUCCUGUGCAAUAGAUGGAUCUUGUUCCAUGCAUUGAAGCCUCCUGGUCGCUCGCAAUCGCGAAAAGGAAGACAUGACUGAGUUUGACGAUUGCAGCCACAGCGCAUCCAAUAUGUAUCUGCCAGGGUGUGCUUAUUACGUCUCACCGUCAGAUUUCUCGACGAAACCCUCUUUUUUGUCGCAAUCGUCUUCCUGUCAAAUGACUUUUCCUUAUUCUUCUAAUUUACCUCAUGUCCAACCUGUGCGCGAAGUGGCAUUCAGGGAAUACGGAUUAGAGCGCAGCAAAUGGCAGUACAGGGGCAGUUAUGCUCCGUACUACUCCGCCGAAGAGGUGAUGCACAGAGACUUUCUGCAGCCCGCGAACAGGAGGACGGAAAUGUUGUUCAAAACGGACCCCGUGUGCGGCCACCACGGACCGUCUCCGGCCGCCCCCAACCUGUACAGCGCCGUGGGCAGGAACGGGAUCCUGCCGCAAGGCUUCGACCAGUUUUACGAGGCGGCCCCCGGCCCCCCGCACCCGCCGCCCGGCGAGGGCGAGGGCGAGGGCGGCGGCGGCAGGGGCGACGGCAAGCCCCACCACGGCGGCUGCAGUAAAACACCCUCCAGCCAGGACAAGGGGGUGACACCCGCCAGCAGCGCCGGCUCCCCUUCGGGGGAGGCUGUUGCAGAGAAGAGCAACAGUUCAGCAAUUCCUCAGCGAUCCAGGAAAAAGAGGUGUCCCUAUACCAAAUAUCAGAUCAGAGAACUGGAACGUGAGUUUUUCUUCAACGUGUACAUAAACAAAGAGAAAAGACUGCAAUUGUCCAGAAUGCUCAACCUCACUGACCGACAAGUGAAAAUCUGGUUCCAGAAUCGAAGGAUGAAAGAAAAGAAACUGAACAGAGAUCGACUCCAAUAUUUCACUGGAAAUCCCCUGUUUUGAAAAUGAAAAAGAAAAGGAAAACAAAAGAGAGAGAGAGAGAGAAAAGGAAGAAAGAGGAAGAAAAAAAAAAGAAAAUCUCAGUCUCUCUGACCUGCCAUCUGAAUGCAAAUGUAAAUUGGUUUACAUGACACAUCCACCCUGCGGAACUCAAAGUUUCAUUUUCAUGUGCAACUCCACACACUGAAUGGCCACUGGAGAUUUCGGGGCUUGGCGGAGCAGAUUCCUGAUAAGGGGAAACUAGGGUAAAUCCAACAGUCCAUUCUCACUUUUUUCUCGCCAAAGGUGCUUUUUUUCCUCUCCCACAGUACCAGCAAUGGACCUGCAGUGUGUCUGGUAGUUUUUGCUUACAAUUAAUUGAGUUUGGGGGGCUAUGUUGUUGCUUUUGAGCUAGGGUAACACUUUCCUCCCUUUAAGUGAAUGCGGUUUAUUUAAGAGAUGGUAAAUGUACGUUCGCUAUAUAUAAAAAAAUAUAUAUAUAUAUAUAUGUUUCUAUUGUCAUCCGAAAGCAUGGGCCACUGUCUUUUUCAUGUGAAUAAAUGGUUUCUAGUAAAGUUAA